CUAGCUACCUUCCGUCGGUCCCGAAUGAAUUGUUCCGGGCGGUGCUGGAGUGCGAGACUGGAGCGAAGAUGGGUCAGAUCGACGAAGUCUCCGAGCGGCUAAACGCUUUUACUUCAGAAAUUGUAGGUGUAAUUGAAAAGACACUGUCGGAUUACGAGGCACAGGCCUCCCGGCUGAAGGAAGAAAACGACCGCCAUCGUUGUUUGUUGGACAUCAUCGUCAAAGCCAAGUUACCGGAGACGGAAGCUCAAGCUGCCAAAAAUGAUGCCAGCCCCUGUGCAUCAGAUCCAACUCCUCCUCCUCGCAGGCACAGAGAUCCUCCCCGUCAUACUUCCGGUGACCUGCAGUGUGUCUUCACUUCACAGACAAACUUCAUGAAGUUCGCAGGCGAUGACAACUGUCCCUACUGCAUCAGGAGUGUUCAAGCCUCUGAGAAACAUCUGAUGAAAAAGCAUUUUCUAUCUGCUGUUCAUUUUGUUGCAGAAGGCACAGAGCAGUUUGUUGUUCCGUGUAUGUGUAAAGACAAGAUCCAGAAGGGCAGAAGUCACUGGCACUGCCCUUGUUGCAGGAAGAUCCUGUUUCGGAAAUGUAACUUUGAGAUGCACCUGUCUAAACAACACCGUUACGUAUUACUGCUGCAAAGACAAGAUGAAGUGCAAGUGAAGCCCGAAGGUGUUGGAGUGGAUGUGGAUCAUGGCCAAUGUUCCGCAAUCAACACUGUCUCUGUGGGCAGUAAUGUUCAAGCUCCAAUCCAAUCAACAAUCGACAGCUCUGAAGAAAAGACUGAGGACUGGAAGAAGAGAUGCACACCUUCACAUUUAAAGGCACCCAGUUCAAAGAGGAAAAAGCGCUUCGAUGUAAAGAAAUCAACAGAGCUCCCUGUCAGUCAGAGUCCCACAGACCCUCACUGCUGUAAAGCCUGUGGAAAAACUUUCCUCUACAUGCACAUGCUGAGGACACACGUCCACACACACGCAGAGGAUAAAAACUCUAUCUGUGGGAUCUGUGGAAAACGUUCAGAGUCCAGACUGAGGUUAAUCCAGCAUCUUCAAAACCACACAAGGGGAAACAAAUGUGUAUGUGGCAAACAGUUCUCUAAUACAUUUCGUCUGAAAAAACAUAGAAGAUGUCAUAGACCUUAGGGUCUAGAUUUCAUGUGAUGUCAUCAGCUACAGAUCCACAGAAGGCUGCUGUGAUUAUCAGCAUCUGAUCCACUGCAGUGGAAUCUGUUCAGUGAGAGAUACUAGUUCAGUUUAUGGGAGGUAUAAGCCAGUCCAAGUGCUCGGCAGUGUGUUCUGUGUUUUAUUAUUUAUUUAUCACGGUUCGUAUUAUCGAUUUAAGUCAAAGUGGAUUUACAGUGUGUUCGAUAUCCAUUUCAAAGUUUGGUUGGCUCUUCCAGAGGUUUUCUUUUAUAAUGAACAAAAAUGAGCUUGGCUCCAUUUAUCCCACACUGUCUCCACAGUCGUUCAGGUGUUGUUUUUGUAAAAGGUGUAAUAAAAUCUUAUUUCCCUGCAGAAUCUGUCCAUGUAGCUUAAAGUUGAGCUCAAUUGCACUCAGCAUUUUCCUCACCAGCCCUCCUCUGAAAUAUCAAAGUUCACCACCUCCUCCCACCUUUGUUUAAUACCCAGUGGAUCAGAUUUGGAUUGGAGAAUACCUCUGUAUCCUCUGGGGAUAAUCUUAUUACAUGCAGUUACAUGUUGUGGACUUGGAUAUUGACAAGACUGUUUCCAUACUUCCUGUCCUUCCUGUUUCUAAAGCUACACCCAGGCUCUGCUUGAAAAACUGCCAAACUUGCAGGUAUCAAUGGUUUCAGACAUGUUUGUUCUGCGAGGAUUCAAAGCUCUCAAAUGGCUCCUUGUAUAAAAGUGAUACAGUCAGUACGGCCUUUUUGUGAUCUAGUUUUGUGUUUGAUGUAUAACAUUCUAUUCAUAUGCAAUUUUUGUACACCUCGGUAAAACUGUUAUUCAUAUUUCUUCCUGCUUAUAUUUUUUCAUCAGUUUAGAAGUGAGAGACAACACCUCAUAGGUUUCACCCUUCAGUGAUGUGAACAGCAGCCCCAGAAAUCUACUUUAGAAGGGCGAGGGCACCAUUCAGCCUAUUUUCAUUAUUGAUUUACUGUAAAUGGAUAGUACCUGAUGCUGAAUGUCAAUGCAUGCAUUACUGGGAAGCACAAUAUGCAUAUUCAGCUUUCAGGCAUUCAAGAGUGUACCGCAGUACCACAGAAACCUGAUUAACAUGCUGUCUGAAUAAUUUAUCAAUUCUUUACCAAAAUUAAACUAAAUACUCAGUUUUA